GCCUAUCUGUUUGCGUUCGUGAUUUGAUAGAAGACGAAGAGAGGUUUCGACUUUGUCGUAGCAAGCAGCAGUCCUCGAAAAGUUUUUGCGAGUAAAAGGAGAGCAUAGUUACUUCCUCACGGGUGUUUUAAUCCUUGUUGAAAUUCUGCGUUUUUCUUUUUUGUUACGGAAAAUCGAGAAGUUUUUGCUGAGAACAAAAGAUAACUGUUAAUCUUUUGCUUUUGAACAAAGAGUUGUGUCAACGACAUUGUGUAGUUUUCCGAUUGCAUAUUGGAACGAAAUGGCGACCGAAAGCCAAAUUGAGACACUGCCAGCCGCAGAACAAUCGGCCCCAUUGGAAGAUAAACCGAAAGAGGUUACCAAACGCACAAUCCGCCUGGAAACAUGGCAAAAGAUCAAGGAUCAAAAGCUGUCACCGCUGCGUCGGUUCACCGUGUUUAACAAAAUUCCAAACUUUGCCGGAUCCGAGAAAGCAGCGGAAUUGUUAGCCGAAACGGAGGAAUUCAAGAAAGCUAAUUCUGUCAAGGUAAACAUUGACAUGGCCCAGGAACCAAUCAAGCUGGAGGUGAUCAAAGCCCGCAAAACGCUAUUUGUACCACCUGCUCAGAAAUCACCAAACGUGUACGCAAAGAUCAAGAACUGCGACCCAGACGUGGUAGAGAUGGCAGUGCAGAAGAAAAUCAUUAAACUACAGGGCGCGGAGGACACGUUCGAAGAGAUUGAUAUCAACGGCAUCGAAAAGCUAGACAUGAUUGUGGUGGGGUCCUGUGCAGUUGACCGGCAAGGUCACCGAAUCGGCAAGGGUAAUGGAUAUGUCGAUCUGGAUAUCGGCAUCCUGACUUACCUGGGAGUGAUUACUAAGGACACACUGAUCGUGACCACAGUACACGAUGUACAAGUGUAUGACACGCUGCCGGACAAUCUGUUUCAAAGCUAUGAUCUACCGCUAGAUAUGAUUGUAACCCCGACAGAAGUGAUCCGCGUCGGUAAGCGACUUUCUCGGCCGACCGGAAUCGAGUGGAAAUUGCUGUCUUCAAGGCGGCUGGAAAUCGUGCCGGUGCUAAAAAGCAUCAAAGAGCGAGAGGAAAAAUCCGGUAAGGUGAUUGAGCUUAAAUCGGAGGACACCGAUGUUGAAAGUUACCAACAGAAAGCACGCCAGAGGCGAUCGUUCCGUCGUCCUCAGUCGGGUAAUCGACGAAGGAGGCGAUCCGAUCGAAGGGUAAGUGAGAAGCAUCAAAAUGGUACAGCCGAAAGCCACGAAGAUGGUGAGAUUAAUGAGAAAACCGACGGUGAGGGAGAAGAAGGCAAAACAAAACAACGCCCACUGCGGAGGCCUCGUAAUCCUAGACGCGGUCCACGAAGAUCAGGUAAGGACACGGGCGAAUCCGGUGCAGAAAAGUCCGAAGGUGAGGACAACGACAAAAAGGAUACUGGUGAUGGCGAUAGGAAAAAGGGUGAUCGUCGCAAUCAGCGUGGACGCCGCCGGGGAAAUCCCAAAGCGGACCGAAAGUUUGGACGAGUAGAACGGGAUUUGUGCAUUCGGGUAACGAACAUUAGCCGUUCGAUGAGAAUCAAGGAUCUGAAGCAGGAAUUGCGAACCAGAGAGUGUAAUCCGAUUUUCAUAACCUGGAACGGAUUCUACGGCAAAUGCUAUUUGCAUUUUCAGAAGAAACCCGAGCAAGACGACGAAGAACAGGGAGCUGAAUUGUUGAAACAGCUGGAAAAUCUGACGCUCACUGUGACUCCGAGGGAGAAGGAAGGAGAACCGGCGGCCGAGCCCAAGCAAGUAACACUAGCGUGUGAGAUUAUGAAACGAAAGGAAGGUGGUGGUGGUGAUGCCGCUAAUGCAGCGACUACGAAUGGAACGGUUCUGGAAGGUAGCCGGAUUGAAACGACUGACGUGACUUCUGUCUAAUAGACACAGAAGCCGCAACAGACGCUAUCCCAGAAAAGAAAUAAGCGCGAACAGAGUGCAAAAUAUCGGAGACACCGAUUCCCGGCGAUUAGUGAACCGGAAGCGGUCUUCGCCGUGGCCAACGUGUCGUCCAAUCUCUUUGUUAGUUCCCCUCUCCCAUCCAAGUUGUUUCGAGAUUAAUUUUACUAAUGGAAGAAAAAGGAAGCAUAUGCCGUUGCAAUCGUGCAGCAGUCGUAACCGUUGAAAUGCGUCAAGAUUAGUUUAUUUGAAAAUAUUUUCACCGCUGCGCUUCCCCGACCAUUUUGAAUUUUGGGCCUGAAUCGUGGUACGCCCUAAAGGAAACGCAAAAUUUACCAACUAUUCGCGCUCGUUGCGAGGUUUUGCUGGACUUUAACUUUGCAACCGAUAGGAAAGAGCGCUAGAAGGAACAUCGAAUCGAAUGCUGUUUUAUGUUACUAACACUAGAAGACGUAUUCCAGGGAGAUUAUUUAUGUUUAUGUUUUAUGAAUUAGCCUUCCCUUCCGAUAUCUCAACCACAAAGAUUUUCCGCAAAGAGAGCGUGAAGCCGCAGAGGCGCGCGUGCGAAAUCCGAAUUUUGCUACCUUGUGUCGAAAACAAGAGAACGAUAAUAUUACGUGAAACGAAGCGAAGCAGAGAACAAAAACAAAACAAACCCGAUUGUAUAUAAUACUGAAAUGUGCACUAGAAGCAGAGAUUUUUUUUACUAGUGGAAUAUAAGCAAUUCUUUUUCCUGCUUAACGGACAAGCGAGACGAACCAUUGAAUUAUCGCUAGCAAUUAUAUUACAACAGCAAAAUCUACCAAUCAACUAUACUACUAUUCUGUUAAAAGGACAAUUUUUGAAUGAAUUCCGAUCUAAAAAUAUAUUCAAACCACAGCUGGUAUGUAGAAACUAAUAUAUUGGAAGCAAUGAGAUUCAACAUAUUUCCGAUUUGAAAAUACGCAUUGAAAGAUCGAAUAACUUAACCAUCUAUUGUGCAUACGAACGAAAGCGACACAGAGAUGCGCUUGCCUAUUUAUAACUAUAUAAUAUUCAUGUUGAUUGAAAAAGAAUAUUUUCUUCUUUGCAAUUGAACAAGACAUUGAGAAUCAGACAACGUUGGGAAGCAAAAACGUUAACGCGUGAGCAAAGUGACGCAAGAUAGCGUUUCUGUACUUGAGAUCCAGAUUUUUUAGGUUUAUCAUUAUGACGAUAAGUUUUCGUUUUGACCGUGCAGACCACAAGCGAGCAAAACCAUUUAUUACCUUUCAGUCACAAAUUGAAGGGAUAUACGUUUGUUAAAGGAAAACAGUGCGCGGACGCCUUGUCCGCAGAUGUAUAUUGUGAACCACGUUUUCAGACGGGAGAAUCGCAAAUGCGCAACGAAUGUAAGAAGCUCUGAUUAUAAUGAUAGGAGAUGAAUUUUUGAAUAGACAAAUAACUUACCUUACCGCAUUGAGUCAGCUUGUUUGUCAGGAGAAGAAAAAGAAAGAGCGGUAAAAAAUUGAAGCAAAUAAUAAACGCUAGAAAAACAUAAAUCUAACAAUUAAUUACUUUACGGUUGAAAUUUAUGUAAGGAAUUUGAAGCUGAUUGGGGCAAGCUGUAAUUAUCGUAUCCGGUUAGAAACAGAAUCCAUGAGCGGAUACUCCCAUGCUAAACAAAUCACUUUGCUUAGCCUCGAUCAGACAAAUUAGGUUCUAGGAUUAAUACGCAGGAUUCGACCAACGGUGAUAUCAAGUUCGAUCAUUAGUCUGUCGGAGAGUUUGCUGAACAUGUGAAGCUCGCUUCGUUCAUGCAGUAAUUUAAAAAUAGCGAACCUCUCAGGAGUGAUGCUUGUUCUUGUUUAGCCAGUAGAACCUCUAAGCUAAAUAGUAUAUUGAAUAUGAAAGAGGGUGGUCGAAUUCUAGCACCGAUUUUACCUAUUUACUAAUGUUCACUCUAAUAAUUACAAAAGCAAGCAACCACACGCGUGUACCGUAACAGCAAAGAUUGUGUUGUCCCAUAAACCUUUUUUAUUUGGGCAAUCGAAUUGGGAAAUCUGAAAACUAGGGAUGUUCGCAAACCAACAAAACGUCGCGUUUCACAUGGACUAUGGACGUUGUUUUGAUUUUUUUUAGUAUACACCAUUUACGGUUCAUAAUUCUCAAAUACAAAAUAGUCGCAAUUUCGGCGCUUAUAAGAUUGCGCAAGUAUCUGCGAUUUGGUCUAACAAAUUAGCAAAUUUAUCGAUACACUAUUAUACCGGUCCGUGAUCCGAAUUGUGUUGUGUGCGUGUCGCCCUGUUCGAUAAUUAACCAAUUCUGUGACCAAAAAUGUUUCCCCUUCCAAAAAUCUCCUUCCAACAGCAAAAAAACGCUAAUUAACGGUUUUCUUCAUUAGAACAAAAGCUAGGGUAAGAUUGUGAAAUUCAACUAAAGGAAAAAUCGAGCAUAUGAAACACAAAAGAGGUAAUCAGAGUGUAAGGUUAAUAGGAUUGCGCAAAGCACCCACUAAAAUACGAAAGACGAGAAAAAUGCUAGCAACAAGUAUAUACAAUUAGCAAGCAGAGAAAAGUACACGACAAAACAAACGAAACGUAGGUUUAAAGUCUUAUAUAAUACAUCUAAAACAAAACAAAGUAAAGUAAAUGAUGAGGGAGACCAGAAGGUUAGCUUUCGUUUCGAUCUAGCCAAUUAAAAAAAAUCAAAACUGUAGCUAAACACUGGCGGUCACGAGAAAGCUUUCCUUCUUUUUGGAAACCCGACGUAUAAAAGUAAGGUUUACUGACGUUUUCUUUUAACAAAAUACUAACCAACCACAAAAAAAACGUUACAUUCACUAUUUAGGCGACCGUUGUUUUCACCAAUCCCCAUAUUCCGCACUAUACUAAUAACCGAAGCAAUCUGCUUGAAAAAUUAACUGGCGUAUUUUAGAAUGUAUUGCAAUAUACUGCCCAUAAUCGGGUGAUAGUCAAACUGUACGUGAGAUUAUACUGCGGAUUAUGGUCAACUAUAUAAUAAAUUCAUAAUUGGUCUCAAUCAAGAUCACUUAUUUUGUUAGACUUUUACCACAACCUCCAAAGCAAGCAAAAAAUCCAUUUAGUCUUUAGUACAUUCUGGUGCAAGCGCAUGCAGCAGCAAGAAGAAAAUACACAAAUGAAUAUUACGUGGACAAGAGAAAAUAAAAUUAGGCCGUAAAAAUGAAAGAGGUUACGAGAAAAUGCUGAAGGUAUGAAUUCGAAUCAUCAAGUUAGAAAACAUCUGCAAUUGUUUAUCCAAAAAAAUCGCCAAAAACAAAAGCACGCACUAACAGGAAAAAGAAUUAAAGUAAAAAUAAUCAAUCCAGAAAAGGAAAACAGUAAAUUGACGAUUGAGCGAAGAUGCAAUAGUUGCACAUUCUGAAAGGGCUUGGUGAAGCUUUGACGAAAUAAAUAUGGAAGGGAAUAGGAUCGAUGUUGGAAGCUCUUGAAAUAUAGAGUAAGUCAGCAAAUGAGAAAGAAAAACACAACAAUACAACGCCCAGGGAUUUCACAAAAACGAGCAAGCAGUAAGUAAACCUAAAUAAACCAAAAACAAGCAAGAGAGCUACAUGCUCGAACUUGUAGAACAACAAUAACUGCAAAUCAUUAACACAAAAACCUGUUUGAUAACGGAAUAUUACAAAAACCACAAGAUCAACAUUUGUACGAAAAUGAACAAUGAAAAAAAAAACUUUUUGAAUAAAAUAUUUUACGCCUAAAACAAA